AUGUUGGGCUACCUCUGCUUCGUCGUCCUCUUCUGGAACGCGAACUCCGCGUCUGCGCCGUUCAUCAAGCCGUGCAAGGAUGGCGACGACAAGUGCAUACUCGCCUCCAGCCAGGCGGCCAUCCCCUUCGUGGCGGCCGGCAUCCCGGAGUUCGGGGUGCAGCCGCUGGACCCGCUGCGCGUGCCGCACAUCAGCAGCGACCAGGGCACGCUGAAGCUUUCCUUCAAGGACACCGUGCUGACGGGCCUCAAGGAUUGCAAAAUCGAGAGCAUCAAACAUGACCGUAUUAAGGGCAAACAGACCCUGGUCCUCCGUUGCAGUAUGGCCUUGGAAGGAGAUUACGUGCUGGACGGACAGCUCCUCAUUCUGCCUGUCCAGGGCAAAGGGAAAUACAGCAUCAAAAUACGCGACAUCGUUAUAAAGACGAUCACGGACUUGACCACGGAACAGGGAGGGGACGGCAAACCACACUGGAAGAUAGUGAAGUGGCGCGACAGUUUCCAGGUCAAGGGCGGCGCCACGUUCCGUUUCGACAACCUGUUCAACGGGAACAAAGUACUAGCGGAGCCGGUCGUGGACUUCGCCAACACGAACUGGAAGGACGUGAUGCAGGAAAUCGCUCCCCCAAUCGUACACGCCAUCGUCGCGGAAGUGUUCAAGAACGUCGAGGCGCUGUACAAAGCUGUGCCGGCCGACCAGCUCUACAUCGCU